UCAGUUUGAUCCAACCUAGUAGCCGUAGGGAAACACGACCGUUGCCUUAGCAACGAGCUUGAAAAAGCUAAGACAUUAGAUUAUCAGCAGGUUUCAUUUAAACGAUAAUUAGCAGAAAUUUGGCUGAGAUUUGUGAUGGAAACAACUGUGUUUCUUCUGACGGUGAACGGACAGAUUGAAGGAGCGAACUUUCCAGACUAUGACAAUUUAUACUGCAAAUAUUGUUACGUCUACGGCCAUGACUGGGCUCCCACCACAGGUUUGGAAGAAGGCAUCACACAGAUAGCCUCUAAAAGCAUCCAGUCUCACAGGUUAAUAUGGAACUUUCCUUUGGAGACAACAUUCAAGAGCACAAAUCCUUCUGGGUGGCCUCAGCUUGUGGUGAGUGUCUACGGACCAGAUGUUUUUGGCAAUGAUGUGGUCAGGGGUUACGGAGCAACACACAUCCCCUUCACACCUGGACAUCUGUUCCCUUUUCUCAGACAUACAAGAACCAUCCCCAUGUUUGUUCCAGAGCCCACGUGGAGGCUUCAAAGGUUCACAGAUUGGUUGUUAGGACGGCGGCCGGAGUACACCGACCCUAAAGUGGUGGCACAGGGGGAGGGUCGAGAAGUGACAAGGGUUCGAUCUCAAGGUUCUGUUACCGUCUCCUUUCACAUAAUGACCAAAGACAUGAAGAAGAUGGGCUACGACACGGGACCAUCGACCCCAUCAACCGUCCAGUCUGCCAGUUCUGGUUGGUCAACGGAGGUGGAAUCAUAUGCGAAAUAACAUAAGACCUAACCGGGCUACAUAUCAGUUAUCAUCCUGAGUGAGCUCCCAGCAGUCCAGUAUGGACAGAGAACAGAAAAAGUCUUAAAUUUAGGCCUUUUUGAUUUGUCAUACUAGGUCUUAAAUUAUUUGUUAACUCUUACAUUUGUAUGUUUGUAACAGAAAAAUUAGAAAAUGUGGUUUUAAUUGUUCAUCUUUCUUUGAGGAAAGAUUCAUUCAUUGGUCUGAUUUUAAAUACUAGCUGCUGAUUUCAGGUGUUACAUUGUGAGAUGCUCUGUUAUUUACUAAUAGCUCCUUUAUCAUAAAAAACUGUAUGUUUAGUUAGAUCUGGCUUUCCAUUAGAACCACCAUUGGAAAGGUUUGCUUUAACCUACUUUGUACUGUAGAAGCUUUUAAGUAGCCAAGCUGUAAAAGCAUCUUCUGGUAUCUAGAAAGCUAUAAUUAAUCUAGGUCUUACAUUUAAAUCAUAAAGGUGAGCAGCAAACAGUUACUUGACACUCUUACAGCGGAUUGGUGUAAAUCCAAGCACUGCAGUCCAGCAGCCAUGAAUGAGUUGAUGUGGUCAUUUCAGACACAUUCUGCUUUGUAAAGUUGUACCUUUUUUUCCAUUUUGUUUUUUAAAUAAAACUCAAACAUUGGUGUUUGCUCCAGA